GAGGGCGGACUGCUUCCGGUGCGGCUGCAGCAGGGUGGCUGAGGUAAGCGCUGUGUUCCUUCGGGUUUUGCUGCCGGCCCGGUUCAGGUGGAGGUCCCUGCCGCUGCUCUUCCGCGUACCCCUCCAGCCGGGUGAAAUCCGUGCCGGAGGUGGGAGCUGUUUGUUUCAGCGCCCAUUGGAGCCGAGCUUCGCUCGUUCUGGGGCUCUCCGGCUGUUGUGUUUGUGCCCCGAGGGAAAACGCAGGCGGCGGCGGCUCAGCGAUUUAACGGAACCGGGCAGAUUGUAGGAGCUUCCCGGCCUGAGGGCCGGUAGCGACACAGCGCAGGGCAGCGUUGCACGAGCGAGCAGCUUUGCCACAGAAAAAGAGGAAGCCAUGGUGUGCAUCCCUUGUAUUGUCAUUCCGGUUCUUCUUUGGGUCUACAAGAAAUUCCUUGAGCCCUACAUCUAUCCCGUUAUUGCUCCUUUCAUUAAGCGUGUGUGGUCCAAGAGAGCUGUGCAAGAAACAGCCACCAAACAAGGCCAAGGAGGCAGUGCUGGAAAUCCACAGGCACCUUCAGCCGUGCAGAGAGAUAAGGGGGAUGAAUCUGGAACUUACAAGUUUGAGAGCAAUGGGGUUGCAAAUGGAAUUGCUGCGAAGGGAUCAACAGAAGUGUCUGACAAGAAAGCAGAUUAGAGGAAUUCAUUCCUACGGAUUUCAUUCCCCUGUGUCCAACAUGAACUGGUGAUUGCUAUUUCUCACACUGAGACUUUGUUCUUUGCACAUUUCAGCUGAAUAAAACCCCUUACCACUCACAGGAGAGGAUCUCUUUUGCCACUAAAAUGGCAGCUAGCAAAUUUCUUAUAUGAAAUGUUUGAAAACUGCGUUAAGUUAUUCUUUGUUUUCCUCGCUGGAGCCACUUUGCAUCUAUAAUCUAUUUGACAUGAUUAGAGAUUAGAUUAAAUAGUUUGUGGAUAAGUCUAGCUAAAUGUGUUGCUUCUUAGUUUUGCUCGCUGUGAGUGCAGUACUUCAGGCUUCCACUUGAAAACUGUAACCUUGGCCUAGUUAAAGAACUAUUGUGGCAAUAUAAAUAUUAUAGUCAAAAUCAUGAAGAGUAGAGCCUGCCAUGUGAAAUUUGUGGAUGAGCUAAAGGAGUUAUGCUGUGUGCAAAAUUUACUUAGCUUACUAGAAAUAGAAGGUCUCGAUUUGAUAUUUUCACUCAUUUUUCUUUAACGUUCCCCCUUUCUUUCCUAAAAAGAAUCAACAAAGACAUGAUGCAAGAGAAUUGCUGCUUUAUAUUCUGUUGCAGUGGUUUCAAAUGAUACAUGUCUAUCUUCAAGAAAAAAAGACUAAAAUAUCUUUCAACAUGCUUGUGUAAUUUGAAUUAUAAUAAAGCAGGACUUUAUUUAACAA